AUGAAUGUCGGUUCAUAUCUUAUGAUCUUGGAUGGCCAGGAUCCGUUCCUCAUAACUCUCCAAGAUGAAGUGGCUAAAUGCCAUGAUGAUCGCGGUCCGCUUAUCAGUGUUGUUCCAUCCAUUGCUCCUCAGGAACUCAUUCAUAUGACAGUUCUUAAUAUGGUCAUUGAUAUUGCUAACGUCUUGGGCAUUACUAAGAAAAUAUCGGCGAAGGAUUCCACGAUGUUCGCCCAGGAGAUUAGAAUAUACAUUGACUCCAACGACAAACGAGGGGAUGAGAAGAACAAGAACGAAUACUCUCAUAAUCCACUCAUCAAUACGGGGGCGAAAAAGACAAACCAUGGCCCAGCUCUAUGGCCCCUGAUCCGUGAAGUCAAGGUGCGGUGUAACGCCAAAGCUCUUUCCACGUUUGCCAUUUUGGUUGAUUUUCCCGUUGUUACCGAUGUCAAUGCUGCACGGAAUAGUAUUGCAAAGGACUAUAUGGAGAAGUGCAACUGCAUCUGUAUUCUGGUGCCUAUGCUCAGCUAG